UUUUUUUUUUUCUCCUUAUUUAUGAUCGUUGUCUUCGUUCGUAAUCUAGCCUUUUACUUUUCUGAUGAUAUUUUCUCGCAUCUGUCUGCCAAGUAUUAGUAAAACCUAUAGCUUUGCGUAGAGGUCGAAGAUACUACAUUCAUUUCUUAUUUCGCGAAAUAUUUGUCCCUUGUCCAAAGAAAUUAGGUCACAUUGGGAACAACUACAACUACCUUGUCAUUCAUUACCCAUUAUACCAUCAACUACCAUUACUCUUCUUUCAAGUCGGUCUUUUAGUGUUGUUGAUUCACUUGACAAGUCACCGCUAGAUUCCUUGUUGACCUCCGCUUAUAAGACCAUCUUCAGCCAUUUGCUUUGCUAUAAACGUCACAGCAAAAUUGCCUUUUUUCUCCUCUUUUCUUUUUCUUCCCUUCCCUAGGUACCUAAGGUAUCUUUAGCCACUUGUUAAGCAAGCGUAGCCUAAACCUAAACUCUUUUUGACAUUUUGACUUUUAUCUUACCAACUUUCUACCCCUCCAAAUUUACAAACAUGAAGGGAAUUAUUGCAGCACUUCUUCUCGGCACUGCCUCAGCAAUGCCGUCCCUUACACCUCGCGAAGACGCUCCGGCAGCUGCUCCGCGCAAGCUCGUUCUCAGCACCCCCUUUCAGAUCCUAACUGCCGAUUUCGAUGGAUCCAAGUUCUCCAUCACUGGAAACCACACCGCUGCUGGAACGGGACCAAGCUGGCUACUCUUUAAGGAACCGAACCUCCUCUAUGCCGUGAACGAGAACGCCAACGACACCAGCCUCUUCACACUCGACUCGGGCAAGCCGACUCUUGCUUCCGCCGCGAAUGGCACUUCCGGUGUCGUCUUCCUCGAGUUCAACAGCGAUAAGACCCGCAUGGUCGGCGCUGGUUACGGCAGCGGCGCAGUCGAUGUAUGGGAUGUAUCGGCUGCUGAUGGUAGCUUGAAGCACAUUAAGACAGUUCUUGUUCCGGGUGAGCCUAACCCUGCUCAGGGAGCUCACCACCCUCACCAAGCUCUCCUUGACCCGACUGGCCGAUACUUUGUUAUUCCUAACUUGGGCGGUGACACGGUGUUGGUCCUUGACAGCAAGGAUGACCGAUACGAGUUUACUGGCAAUGCCACCCUACCUACCGGUACUGGACCCCGCCACGGCGGCUUCAUCUCGGAUGGAGAUGACCACUACUACGCACUAGCAUCCGAGUUGUCUAGUGAGCUCUUCCUCUUCAAGCUCACAUACACCGAGGACUCCAUCAGCUUCAAGCAACUCCAGAAGCAGAGCACCUACGGUGCCGUUCCCCCGGCCAACGCUACUUCUGCCGCCGCAGGUGAGCUGGUUGUUGCCGCGAACCAGAGGGACGUGUAUGUGUCGAACCGAAUCAGUGGUAACGAGACGGAUAGCAUCGCGCACUUCCAAUUCAAGAAGGGCACCGGCAAGUGCGGCGCCGCCCACCUCGACUUCGCCGACACCGUUUCCUCCGGCGGUCUGCGCCCUCGCAUGUUCAGUCUGAGCAAGGAUGAGACCCUGGCCUUCGUCACGAACCAGGGCGGCGACAACGGCCUCCUCGCUUUCAAGCGCAACAAGGAUUCCGGUUCCCUCGACCCGACCCCCGUCGCUACCUACGCUUACAAGUCACUUGUGGCUCCUGAGCUCGCGGCGACUGAUCUGAUGGGCCCGCAGUUCAUACAGGAAAUCUAAAUACCUCCUAGACUCAUCUGGAUGAUUGGGGAUAUCAUGAGAAAAAAAAAUGCAUUUAGAAGCGAACGGGUUGCAUUGAUAUCGGCGUCUGGGAUUUCGUGAUUUAUCGCUGACCAGGCUGGUUUUUCACCUGCGUCGCUUUUCUAUUCGUUGAUUUCGGCCCACGGAGGCAUUACCUUGUACAUAGCAAAUAUUUAUUUUAUUCUCCCA